AUGACGUGCAAUCCUAAAUGGCCUGAAAUAGAAAAGUUUAUGAGACCGAAUCGGUGCGCUCAAGAUAGGCCAGACAUUACGGUUCGUGUAUUUCGCCUCAAAGUAAAAGAGCUAAUUCACGACAUUGUCGUCAAGCAAGUUUUAGGCGAAGUGAGCACUUUCAUAUAUGUUGUGGAGUUUCAAAAAAGAGGUUUGCCACAUGCACAUAUAUUGGUAACAAUCAGAAUAGAAGAUCGGCCUGUAGACGCAAAUGACAUAGACAGCGUCAUCUGUGCUGAAAUUCCCGAUCCGAAUACCGAACCGGAAUUGAAUGAUUUGGUGCUUAAACCUAUGAUGCAUGGACCAUGUGGUAUUAAAGAUCCAACAUGCUCAUGUAUGCAAAACGAUGAUAAUGCGUGCAGCAAUAAAUAUCCGAAAGAAUUUCGCGAAACAACCCUACCGAAUACCGAAGAAACAACGGAAGAAGUGGAAAGGUAA